AUGGCCGAAUCAUCAACAACACAACCUGUCAUCAUCGUCGGUGGCGGCCUCGCAGGCCUGGUCGCCGCCUUUGAGCUGACCCAGCGCGGCGUUCGCACCAUCAUCCUCGACCAGGAGGGUCGCGCGUCGCUCGGCGGGCAGGCCUUUUGGUCCCUGGGUGGCAUAUUUAUGGUCAAUUCGGCCGAGCAGCGCAGGAUGGGCAUCAAAGACAACAAGGACCUGGCCAUGCGCGACUGGCUCGGCAGCGCCGGCUUCGACCGCCCCAAGGAGGACUAUUGGCCGAGGCGCUGGGCCGAGGCCUUUGUCGAUUUCGCCGCCAACGGCAUGGAGGAUUACGUCAAACAGCGUGGCCUCGGGUUUUUGAUGAACGUCGGCUGGGCCGAGCGCGGCGACGGCACCGCCGAGGGUCACGGCAACUCGGUCCCGCGUUUCCACCUGACCUGGGGCACUGGGCCUGAGGUCGUGAGGGUGUUCCAGGAGCCGGUCGAGGAGGCCGAGAAGAAGGGCCUGGUUGAGUUUCGGUUCCGGCACUGCGUCGACGAGCUGAUCAUCGAGGACGGCAGGGCGGUUGGUGUCAAGGGUAGGGUGCUGGAGGAUGACAACAAGCCGCGGGGCGUCAAGUCCUCCCGCACCGUCGUCGACACCUUUGAGCUCCGUGGUGCCGCCGUCCUCGUCUCGUCAGGCGGCAUCGGUGGCAACGUGGAGGCCGUCAAAGCCGCCUGGCCCGUCGACAGGCUGGGUCCCAAGGUGCCGGAGCACUUUGUCGUCGGCGUGCCGGACCACGUGGACGGCCGCAUGAUCGGCAUAUCGGAGAGCGCAGGCGCCAACGUCAUCAACCGCGACCGCAUGUGGCACUACACCGAGGGCCUGGCCAACUGGAACCCUAUCUGGCCGUCGCAUGGAAUCCGCGUGCUUCCCGCGCCUUCGUCGCUGUGGCUCGACGCCGAGGGCAACCGCCUCCCGCCAUACCUCUUCCCCGGCAGCGACACCCUGGGUACGCUGAAGCACAUUUGCUCGACGGGCUACGACUACACGUGGUUCAUCCUCACGCAGUCAAUCAUCGCACGCGAGUUCGCCCUGUCGGGAUCGGAGCAGAACCCAGACAUCACCGGCAAGUCAGUGUGGCAGUUUGUGAAGCAGCGCAUCUUUGGCGGCAAGGGGACCAUCCCCGUGCAAAACUUCCAAAAGCACGGCGAGGACUUUGUCGUGCGCGACAACCUCCCCGACCUGGUGGACGGCAUGAACAAGCUGGCGGCGCAGCGAGGUGGGCCGAGCCUGGAGCUCUCCAAGAUCGAGUCGGUCAUCAACGCGCGCGACGACCAGUUCGACAGCCCCUACAGCAAGGACGCGCAGGCGAUGCUGGUGGCCAACGCGCGGCAGUACUGGCCCGACAAGCGCGGGCGCGUGGCGGCGCCGCACCGGCUACUGGACCCGAAGCAUGGCCCGCUCAUCGCCGUGCGCAUGAACCUCCUCACGCGCAAGACGCUCGGCGGCAUCGAGACGGACCUGUCCAGCAACGUGAUGCGCGCCGACGGGAGCCGCUUCCCCGGUCUGUAUGCCGCGGGAGAGGUGGCUGGGUUUGGAGGCGGCGGUGUCCACGGCUACAACUCGCUUGAGGGGACCUUUGUAGGCGGUUGCAUCUUUUCCGGCAGGGCGGCUGGGAUGGCCAUGGCUGAUGAGGUGUUGGGCACGACGUCUGGAGAUAUCAAGGCGAGGAUGUAA